GAACUUCAAAGUGCAUAUGAACGCAUUCGACAGCAAGAGUUAGACAUCAAAAAUUUAAAGUUUGAGCUCGAAAUGGAGCAAGGACAUGUUAAUAUAUUGAGACACGACAAUCAAAUGUUAAGACAGAUGACUGUCGAUAUGCACGUAUCAGCAGAGCAAGAAGAAGAAUAUAUUUCGAACAAACUACUAAAGCGAAUUUCCGGUCUCAAAAAAGAGAAAGGUGAAUUGCUUUUACAAGUUGAACAGGAAGAGGAAUAUUUAACUAAUACAUUGCAAAAGAAAUUAAAUCAAUUACAAAAAGAAAAAAUUGAUAUGGAAAAUGCACUUGAGCAAGAGCAAGAGUAUAUUGUGAAUCGCCUUCAGAAACAACUAGAUUCACUACGUCAACAACAAACUUACCAUCCACAUCAUUCCCGUGAGAACAGUACUUCAUCGGUUUCCACCACAGGAAAUGUCACGCCUUUACCUCCGGCCUCUCCAUCUUCCAC